UGAAGCAAACCUAUUCAAUACUAAUAGGUACCUUCUUUAAAGGGUCACAAACAGAAAAUCCGUUUGCAUUUUGUCAAAAGCUGAAACCAACGCGCCCAUCUCUAUCUCUAUAUAUUAAUUCUCCUAAUUAAAGAGAUUUUUCAACAUCAAAUUCAGCGCAGCAAGAAAUGAAGGGGCAAUGUUUCAUCACCUCCUGUUUUCUCAUCAGCUUCCUUCUCUCGGCCUCAUCUGCUCGACUCCAGGUUUAUAUUGUCUACAUUGGAGAGCACAGAGAAGGAAAGAUGUCAAGCGAAAUAGAAGAUGAUCAUCACUCUUAUCUACAAUUAGCAAAGAAUAGAUCCAAACUGGAAGCUAAAGCUUCUCUGGUUUACAGUUACAAGAACAUAAUCAAUGGCUUUUCGGCCUGGCUCACCCCACAUGAAGCUGCCAAGUUAUCCGAGAUGGAGGAAGUGGUUUCAGUUUUCAAAAGCCGGCCGAGAAAAUACAGUCUUCAAACUACUAGAUCAUGGGACUUUGUGAACUUACUUGAAAGGGAACAACAUUUGAAUGGCAUUAAUAAAGAAGAAGAAGAACUCUUACAGAAAGCCAACGGCGGAGAAGAUGUUAUUGUUGGGGUCUUGGAUAGUGGCGUAUGGCCGGAGUCACAAAGUUUUAGUGAUGAAGGGAUGGGUCCCGUUCCACCUUCAUGGAAUGGAACCUGCGAACUUGGGGACGAUUUUGAAGCAUCUAAUUGUAACAGGAAAAUAAUUGGAGCUAGAUACUAUCUAAAGGGAUAUGAGGCAUAUUAUGGACCUCUAAACAACGCACAGGAUUAUCGGUCACCCCGAGAUAAAGAUGGGCAUGGAACUCACACAGCUUCAACCAUAGGAGGCCGAAGAGUCCCUGACAUUUCAUUGAUGGGCGGCUUUGGCAAUGGAACGGCCACUGGUGGGGCCCCACUUGCCCGCCUUGCCAUCUACAAAGUGUGCUGGCCAAUCCCAGGCCAGCCUAAAGUUGCGGGGAACACAUGCUUCGAUGAGGACAUGAUUGCAGCCUUUGACGACGCCAUUGCUGAUGGGGUGGAUGUACUCAGCAUCUCCAUUAUACCAUAUAGUCUUGCCCCAUAUGAAAAAGAUGGGAUUGCGAUUGGGGCAUUACACGCUGUGAAGAGAAAUGUUGUGGUGGUGUGUAGUGCUGGGAAUAACGGCCCUGCUCCUUCAACUGUGAGAAAUGUGGCUCCUUGGAUCCUCACUGUUGGUGCGAGUAGCAUAGACCGAGUGUUCAGUUCCCCGGUUUUACUAGGAAAUGGCCAGAAAAUUGAGGGGCAGACGGUGACUCCAUUUAAGCUGGACAAGAUGUACCCACUAGUUUAUGCCGGAAACUCGGAAAUCCCCGGUACAACCACCAACGACACAACCGGGCUAUGUCUCCAUGGAACUCUCUCCCCAGCUCUUGUCGAAGGAAAAAUUGUCGUGUGCCUAAGUGGGUAUUCGUUCAAUGUUGAGAAGGGUUUGGAGGUGAAACGCGCUGGUGGGAUUGGUUUCGUUCUGCAGAAUCCUGUGAAUGGCAUAGGAAUAGCCGUUGAUGAUCAUGUGCUCCCGGGAACAGCAGUGUUUUCUAAUGAUUCAGUCACGAUUCUCAACUAUAUUAGAGCUAGUAAUAGUCCAACGGCGAUGUUGAUCCCUCCGGAAACUGUCUUGGGCAGUAGACCAGCACCGUUCAUGGCAGCGUUCUCUUCCAUGGGUCCGAAUGGCCUCCAACCUAAUAUACUCAAGCCUGACAUCACUGCGCCUGGACUGAAUAUCUUGGCCGCAUGGAGCGAAGCAUCCUCUCCCACAAAGCUGCCUGAAGAUGACCGAGUUGUGAAGUAUAACAUUGACUCUGGAACUUCAGUGUCUUGCCCUCAUGUAGCUGCUGCAGCUGCACUCAUCAAGGCCAUACACCCUGAUUGGAGCAGUGCUGCAAUAAGAUCUGCCCUCAUGACCACAGCCGAGACAAAUAACAACGUAUAUACACCAAUAACAGAUGCCAUGGAAAAUCCUGCCACCCCAUUUCAUUAUGGAUCCGGCCACUUCCAACCAGCAAAAGCAGUUGAUCCCGGUCUUGUUUAUGAUGCAACGUACGACGACUACCUUGUCUUCCUCUGCAACACCAGUGCCACUAAAUUCGAUCCAUCGUUCCAAUGUCCUGAGGGAAUUCCGUCACCAAGUGACCUGAAUUACCCCUCUCUUGCUAUCGUGAGACUCCAAGGCACCGUGACAGUGAACAGGACUGUAACACAUGUCAGUAGCACUAGAAGUGUGUACACUUCAACGUUUGUGCCCCCGACCGGGUACUCUGUUGAGAUCUCUCCGCUAGUUUUGGAGUUCAGUUACGUGGGGGAGAAGAAGAGCUUCACUGUCACGGUUAAUGUGGUAAGCGGGAGCGGGAGAGUGGGAAAUGAGUACUCAUUUGGUUGGUACAUGUGGAGUGAUGGGACUCACAGGGUAAGAAGUCCCAUUGUAAUGUCUUCGGCAUGAAAGACUUUGAAAUCUGAAACUAUAACAAGACUGUGUUAGGGUGCAUUAGGCUUUCAAUUACACAGAAACUGAUUUGGAAGGAAUGAUGAUACAAAUAAACUAACUGGGUUGUCUCAGGACAGCUGAUAUCUGUUUGGCCGAGAUGAAAUCUGAGCCGUCCAUUGCCGAGCAUGGACGGCCCGAACGGGGCCAACACCCAUGAGCCACUCUUGUGCAUUUUUAAUUGGGAAGUUAGGAUCAACCCUUAAGGUCGACCGUUAGUAUUUCCUCCUCCAUUUGGUUGUUUCUUCUUUAUUUUGGACUUCUUUAUUUGUUGGGCUGAUUAUAUACAUGAUCGUGGGUUUUCGAGA